AUGAUUACAAGCGCCAUUGGCAGUGCCGAAUCCUCGGUGGGACGCCGGUACAUCUUCAUGGGUGGGGAUGCCAUGUACAGUUCGACCAAGGUUACAGACAAAGCCAAAAGGUGCUUGCGGGGCAUCAGGUCCACCGCGCUAAAUUGCAUAUAUAGGUGGAACCUUGGCCGGUUUGCGGACGCGACAGAGGAUGGCUGGGGUGUUCCUUUCUUCCGUGGUUCGUAUGCAGGGCCCGCAACAGAGGUCUUGAAUGGUUACCCGAUUUACUGGGCGCCAAACUACCCCAAAAACGGUCAGGUCUUUGUCAUCUCGCGUGUGGACUCCGCAACGGGUGUCGGCAGGGAGUGGCUGGAUGGCUUGGGGGUGGCCAACUUGAACGUCGAGACGCCUCCUUUUUCUUUCGUUGUGGUGUGUGAGGUUCAAGAAGGAUAUGACCCGAAUGCCACCUCAUUGCCACCCGUUGUGGUACUCUCAUGGGCGCAGAAAUAUUGGUACGUGAUUCUGAUCAUUGUGUUAGUGCCCGUGAUCAUUGCCUUGGCCUUACUCAUUAUAUGUUGCUGUUGUUGCGGCAGGAAUGAAGACGAGGAGGAUGACAAGUCAGUGGUUCCAAUGGUCAUGCGCGAGCAAAGUGGGAUGUCUUUGCGUCCAGCUGAAAGCAGCCAAGGGGGUUUCGAUGGAAACUACGAGGGAGAUCCUGGGUAUGUGGACCAGGAUCAAUGGGAAAACGGAUCCGAUGUGUAUUCAUGA